CAGGAAGUCUGUCUAGCAGUCCAGAGGAGAUGUCUGGAGCUGAAGAGGGGAGGGAAACAUCCUCAGGCAUUGAAGUGGAGGCCUCAGACCUGAGUUUGAGUUUGACUGGGGAUGAUGGUGGCCCUAACCGCACCAGCACAGAAAGUCGAGGAACAGACACAGAGAGCUCAGGUGAAGACAAGGACUCUGACAGCAUGGAGGACACUGGCCACUACUCCAUCAAUGAUGAAAAUCGAGUCCAUGACCGCUCAGAAGAAGAGGAGGCAGAGGAUGACGAAGAAGAGCAGCCUCGACACCGUGUACAGUGCAAGCGGGCCAACCAUGACCAGGACUCAUCAGAUGAUGAGCGGGCCCUAGAGAACUGGGUGUCCUCGGAGACAUCAGCCCUGCCCCGACCUCGCUGGCAAGCCCUUCUUGCCCUUCGGGAGCGGGAGCUGGGUUCAAGUGCCCGCUUUGUAUAUGAGGCCUGUGGGGCAAGAGUUUUUGUACAGCGUUUCCGUCUGCAGCAUGGGCUCGAGGGCCAUACCGGUUGUGUCAAUACCCUGCACUUUAACCAGCGUGGCACCUGGCUGGCCAGUGGCAGCGAUGAUCUGAAGGUGGUGGUGUGGGAUUGGGUGCGGCGGCAGCCGGUACUGGACUUUGAGAGCGGCCACAAAAGUAAUGUCUUCCAGGCCAAGUUUCUUCCUAACAGUGGUGAUUCCACCCUGGCCAUGUGUGCCCGUGAUGGGCAGGUUCGGGUAGCAGAACUGUCUGCCACACAGUGCUGCAAGAAUACAAAGCGUGUGGCCCAGCACAAGGGAGCGUCCCACAAGUUGGCUCUGGAACCAGACUCUCCCUGUACCUUCCUAUCUGCAGGUGAAGAUGCAGUUGUCUUCACUAUUGACCUGAGACAGGACCGGCCAGCUUCGAAACUGGUAGUGACAAAAGAAAAAGAAAAGAAAGUGGGGCUGUAUACAAUCUUUGUGAAUCCUGCCAACACUCACCAGUUUGCAGUGGGUGGACGAGAUCAGUUUGUAAGGAUUUAUGACCAGAGGAAAAUUGAUGAGAAUGAGAAUAAUGGAGUACUCAAGAAAUUCUGUCCUCAUCAUCUGGUGAACAGUGAGUCCAAAGCAAACAUCACCUGUCUUGUGUACAGCCACGACGGCACAGAGCUCCUGGCCAGUUACAAUGAUGAAGACAUUUACUUAUUCAAUGCCUCUCACAGUGAUGGGGCCCAGUAUGUUAAGAGAUAUAAGGGCCACAGAAAUAAUGCCACAGUAAAAGGUGUCAAUUUCUAUGGCCCCAAGAGUGAGUUUGUGGUGAGCGGUAGUGACUGCGGGCACAUCUUCCUCUGGGAGAAGUCAUCCUGCCAGAUCAUUCAGUUCAUGGAGGGGGACAAGGGAGGCGUGGUAAACUGUCUUGAGCCCCACCCUCACCUGCCUGUUCUAGCAACCAGUGGCCUAGACCAUGAUGUGAAGAUCUGGGCACCCACUGCUGAAGCUUCCACUGAGCUGACAGGGUUAAAGGAUGUGAUUAAGAAGAACAAGCGGGAGCGGGAUGAAGAUAGCUUGCACCACACUGACUUGUUCGAUAGCCACAUGCUCUGGUUCCUCAUGCAUCACCUGAGACAGAGACGCCAUCACCGGCGCUGGCGAGAACCUGGGGUUGGGGCCACAGACGCGGACUCUGAUGAGUCUCCCAGCAGCUCAGACACAUCGGACGAGGAGGAGGGCCCCGACCGGGUGCAGUGCAUGCCAUCCUGAGGCUUCAUACCUAGAAGGGGUGGGCUGGGGCUGCCAACCCGAUCCUUCCUGGGCAACCCUUUCCUGUCCCAGGCCUUUACAUUCAGCAGAAACGCACUUUGGACUUUUUGCUUUAGAUAAAAGAAAGACAUCCCAGGAGAAGGACAAACCAGAGGGGAACGAACCAACAGAAAGUACCCAAGAGUGGGAAUUGAACCCUGAAAUGGGGUUCCGUGGAGAGGUGCAUAGGACUCAGCAGAAAUGGCCUCUCCCCGAAGCUUUUUUUGGCAGUGGAGAGGGGAGCCUUUUCGUUAACUGGUUUAGGAUAGGGAAUGGGGUUUCUUUUUUCUUUAAUCUCCCUUGUUUCUUCAAUAGGGGGUGGGGUAGGGGGAACAAAUGGCUGUUCAGUACCAAGGGGCCAGAGUGGGGGGUAGGAAUGCCACUCUGUCUUUGGUUUAGGUUUUUGACCUUUUCCCCUUGGUUUUCUAAAGUCUCUGACAGUUUUUUUGUUUUUGUUCUUUUUUUUGCUCUGAGCAACCCCACCUCAAGAUUCUGUUUUUCUGAGAAGUCCUUAGAGCCCCUAACCAUCCUACACUCUUCACUUUUUUUUCCCCACCUUGUUCAUUCUCUGUACUUAUCACAGUGUUUUGCACUUGAUUAUGUAUCCUUCACUCUCUUCUCUUCAUCUCAUCACACCCUAAACAGGUCUGGUGAGGGAGGUUGGGGAGAGGUGGAAGGAGGAGCAGAGGUGGAAGAGGUAUAGGAAGGAUUUUACCUCUUCUUUUUUUUUUUUUAAGUUGUUUGGCGGCAAUCUCCCUGUCCUUAUCACUGUUAGAGGCCUAAUUUUAUAUCUAUGAAUAUAUUAAAAAGCAAGUCAGACUUGGAUGUAUCAAGUUAAAAUUAUUGUCAAAGUUUAAAUACCUAUAUAUUCUCUAUGAAUGCAAUAAAGGGACUUGAAGACUGAGUAAGAGUAAUGAUGUGGAGGUGACACCUGGGGUCAGCUUACUCUGUGUAUGGCCAUUAGAGAUUGGGGGUUAUCCCUUACAGUUUAGGAAGCUCAAGAAUGGAAAGAUCUCAGCUCUGCCCUUUCCCGCUUCCCUACCUUGAUGUGGGGGUUGUGAAAAACAGGAGAUAACUCACAACUCUUUGCCUCAGAUCUCCUACCUCUACUUAAGUUUUGUGGGAGUUCCCAGGAUGCCUCUUCUAACCAGAAGCUGGCCUGUCUUUAAGAUUUGUCCAAACUGUGACUUCAGGAAGGGUGACGCCACUGCAAACUCUCACUCCUGGUACUAUGUAUGACAGAAGUGUCUGUCUGUGUCUGUCUCUCUCUCUAGCUGCUUGAUUUUUUAAGCCAUCCCCCCUCCUCAACAGCUUCCUUCCUAAUGGAAGAAUGAAGGGAAAACUUCCUGGGUUCAACUUUAUACUUUGUUCACCUCUUGGUAUCUUGGGAUUGAGGGACAAGUCAGUAAUCUAAGGAUUGAUUAUGGUGGCUGGGGCCUGGACACCUGUCAUAUCACUUGUCACUGAGUAUGAAAGUCCCAAUUGAAUUCUUGUUAAUUGCUUUUGCUGCUGUUUCUUUGCCCCAGUUUCUACAAGAUCCAAUCAGGAAUUCUGCAUCCUGGGACAGUCAAAUUCCACUAAAUAGGCCAGGAAGGAGAGGAAGAGUGAGAGGAUGAUAUUCCCAGACACUCCUUCCUCCUGGCCCUUUUCCUAGCAGCUCUCAGACCAGAUGUUAGCUGCUGCACUUCCUCCCUGAGGUAGGGAAUGUGUGGUGACCAAGUGGUCUGUGUUCCUAUUGCUAGUAGGAUAAUGAGGUGGGCUAAAAACCAUGCACUCUGAAAUUUGUUAUAUUUUCUCUCAGUAAAGCUUUUUUUUCCUGACUGCU